AUGAGGACUUCCAUGAAGCUCCUGAUCGUAGCGAUUGUAGCUGUCCUCCUCGUCUCUGUUGCUCUUCCGACUAUGGCCGCUUUUACGAACGCUCCUCGUGGCGCUGCUUGGAAUUCUGAUCUUACUUCAAGGUCCAUUCACAGUGGCUGCUGCGAAACAACUCCCUAUGCGGCCAAAACCCCCCCUUCCGCAAACGAACCUUCGAGGCCAGCCUCGACGAGAAAGCCCGCCGCCGGCGCCGCCAAGUGGCCCAAUCGGAGGUUCGGGAGGGACGCGCUGCGCAUCCGGGCGGACGUAUCGCGUCCUGCCCACUGA